CGCAUCCUUUAAUCGAUUACCUCGACUGCACACUUUCUGCCGAUUCACUCCUCCCCCAAAGCUUAUUUCAGGCCUACGUCCACCUCGAUUCUUUCCGACAUCGAUAUCUAAAUCACAUAGAAAGAUUCACAAUGGACCGCAAAAUCACAGCAACCAAGUCGGGAGCCGGCAGCAACAAGCUGGAUCAAUCAUCCACGCCCACUCUAGCCGACUACCAGGCGCAAUGGGCCAAGAUUCACAAUGACACCAUCCGCCAAAUUAAGCAGGCCCAAGAGGAAGAAAGAAACGCACGCGCUACGAGUCGAGCACACUCUUCUCCGUCCAAAUAGCACCACCUUGACUAUGUGGGCUGUCAGCUAUUUGCUAGCGGCUUCCCCGUGCUUUCUUUCUAUUCUUCUUGGAAACUUUUUUGACUAUAUGUGUUUUAUUGAGCCUCUUCUGUUAGAUUUAGCGAUUGUUGCUCCGGAUAUACCAUUUCCCUCUUUUGUUUUCUUUAGUCAGAUCUUAGAAUCUU